AUGAGUGCUGCCUAUAGUCCUCAUGUGUCUUCUGUAGUUGAAGAAUAUAAACAAUGUGAAAAGUCACACACUGUUGUCCCUCAGAGAACACACACAAGAGAGAAACCUCAUGAAUGUAAUGUGUGUCGAAAGUCUUUCACCAAGAAAUCAAAGCUUACUGUCCACCAGAGAACACACACAAAUGAGAAACCUUUUCAAUGCAACAUUUGUGGAAAAUCUUUCACCUGCAAGGCAUAUCUUACUAGACACCAGAGAACACACACUGGAAAGAAAAUUUAUGAAUGUAACUUAUGUGGAAAGUCCUUCUCCUGGAAGUCAACUCUCACUGUCCAUCAGAUAACACACACAGGAAAGAAACCUUUUGAAUGUAACGUGUGUGGGAAGUAUUUCAUCCAGAAAUCAAAGCUUACUGUUCACCUGAGAACACACACAAAAGAGAAACCUUUUGAAUGCAACAUUUGUGGAAAGUCUUUCACCUGCAAGGCAUAUCUUACUAGCCACCAGAGAACACACAAAGGAGAGAAACCUUAUGAAUGUAACAUGUGUGGAAAGUCUUUCGCCAGGAUCGCAUACCUUACUGUCCACCAGAGAACACAUACUAGAGAGAAACCUUAUGAAUGUAACAUGUGUGGAAAGUCUUUCACCAAGAAAUCAAAGCUUACUGUCCACCACAGAACACACACAGGAGAGAGACCAUAUGAAUGUAACCUGUGUGGAAAGUGUUUCACCCAGAAAUCAAAUCUUACUGUCCACCAGAGAACACACACAAAAGAGAAAGAUUUUGAAUGUAAGAUUUGUGGAAAGUGUUUCACCCACAAGGAAUAUCUUUCUACCCACCAGAGAACACACACAGGAGAGAAAAUUUAUGAAUGUAACUUGUGUGGAAAGUCCUUUACCUGGAAGUCAACCCUCACUGUCCAUCAGAUAACACACACAGGAAAGAAACCUUAUGAAUGUAAUGUGUGUGGAAAGUCUUUCACCAAGAAAUCAAAGCUUACUGUUCACCAGAGAACACACACAAAAGAGUAUCCUUUUGAAUGUAACAUUUGUGUAAAGUCUUUCACCUGCAAGGCAUAUCUUACUAGCCACCAGAGAAUACACACAGGAGAGAAACUUCAUGAAUGUAAUGUGUGUGAAAAAUCUUUCACCCAAAAGGGUAACCUUACUGCCCACCACAGAACACACACAGGAGAGAGACCUUAUGAAUGUAACCUGUGUGGAAAGUGUUUCAUCCAGAAAUCAAGGCUUACUUGCCACCAGAGAACACACACACAG